UUACCCUUUAAACAAGUUAACAGAGAUCGAUAUGUAUGUAUCUACAGCGACUACAACAGAUAUCUUGGCAUAUAUCAAACUUGAGAGGGAUAGGAAGUAGGAACGGACUAGAACGGAUGUGUUUUCAGAUAUUUCGUGCAAAGUUACGUAUGGUUACGUAUUAUAUGCUUUUUUAGUAAUUUUAAAUACUUUUGAUUAACGUUACGAUUACGUAGUAAUGAACAUGUACUAAUAAUAGGAAUCAUGUUAUCACAAAAUGUUGAUGGAAAAAAAGCCGUUGAUUAAAAUUAAAAUUAAAGUUAAUCAUGCUAUUUAUUAUUCAUCCAUUAAGAAGCUGUCGGCACAUAUCAUGCAGUUUUGUGCCAAAAUUUUCUGUCAUUAUGGGUUCUGGUUUCCCAAGACAAAAGUCAAUAAAGACUGGGUAUAUGGAAGAACCAGUACUAACUAUGAAAGAUUGUCACAAACAAGUUAGGACGACAGUUUUAACAACACCUUUUCCCACAGAGAAAAAUGUUGACUAUAAAAUUGCAAAAGAUCCCUGUAAAAUAGAAAAGUCAGAAUGGACGCCUAUAGUAGUCGAUUAUACCAAACUUCAUAAAUACUAUCUCAAAUUAUCAAAGAUUAAAUUAACAUCUCUUGUCGUAGCAACAACGAUGGCUGGAUAUGCAUUAGCUCCUGCGCCAUUUGACUUUUAUACAUUUAUAAUGUGUUCUUUAGGCACAGGCUUAGUCUCUGCCACUGCAAAUACAAUUAAUCAAUUUUUUGAAGUACCUUUUGAUGCACAGAUGUCACGGACAAAAAAUCGGGUAUUGGUACGUGGUCAUUUGACGCCUAUUCACGCAGUAACAUUUGCAGCAGUAUCGGGUAUUAUUGGAUUAUCCAUACUCUACAAUGAAGUAAAUGGUAUUACAGCAAUGUUAGGUGCUAGCAAUCUUAUUUUAUACACGCUCAUAUAUACUCCUAUGAAACGCAUCAGUAUUGUCAACACGUGGGUUGGUUCUGUUGUAGGAGCAAUUCCUCCUCUUAUGGGUUGGGCUGCUUGUACUGGCAACAUAAUGGUACCAGGUGCUUGGCUUUUGCCCGGUAUUUUAUAUGCGUGGCAAUUUCCACACUUUAAUGCUCUUUCGUGGAAUUUGAGACCGGAUUAUUCACGAGCCGGUUAUCGAAUGAUGGCUGUUACAAAUCCAGAUUUAUGUCGUAGAACAACUAUGAGAUAUACGGUAGUUCUAAUGACUCUGUGUUAUUUAGCUCCUAUAUUGGAUGUAACUCAUUGGUGGUUUGCAUUGGCUUCGACACCAAUCAAUGCAUCUUUCCUGUAUCUAGCUUGGAAAUUUAACAAGCAAUCGGAUAGUGCAAAUUCUAGGAAAUUAUUUCGAUUUUCAUUACUUCAUCUACCUCUAUUGAUGAUGCUGAUAUUCUCAAGUAAAAAAUAUUGGGCCAACACGGACAAACAGGAAGAUAAAGUUGAAUCUUCUCACAACGAAUCAGCAAAGAAGACCGAUUUAUUGACUAUUUUCACAGCACCUAUCGCUACAGCAACUUCCUCUGUGUAAAAGUAGUUUUGUUCUGUUAAAUAUGUCGGUGACAUAGUACAAAUUAUUACAAUAUCGUUAUGAAUUUUAGGUCUCUAUGAGAUUCUUACAUUACCUCAUUAGCUUUUCAAAAUACGAUAUUGUGUAAUGUAGACUGUACAUAUGAUCGGUACUGAAUUUAUAUUGUCUGGCAUUAUUGUUACUUAAUCAAUAAACAAGAAUGUGACGUCACAUAUUUUCGUGGAAAAAGGUAAUAAAAUUCAGACCAUAAGUAAAA